CUGUUGAAAUGUAUUUGCGCGCCUACACUCGCAUGCAGCAUUAAAUGCAGCGUUUUCUGUGGACUGCAUGUGAAAUCGUCGUCUGUUCCAGGCUGGAGGGAUUACAGUGUUGCUCUCCGGUGCUGAAAUCAACAACAACAACAAAACAGUGACACCACUUAAUUAUUGUGUCCUGGAUACAUCUGGAUUUCCAGCUUCGAUAUACUGAAAACAGAGAGAUUAACAGGUUCAUUAUUUGAAGACAAAAUAAAUCUCAUAAUGCCCCCUGCAAGGCCAUACAACCAAUCUAUAAGGCCUCCUCUGCCUUUUAGAGCUUACAGUGGUUCCAGUGUCUUCUGUACACAGGAAAAUGUCAUAGAGUGCAUGCAGUACAUCAGCAAAGAACUGUCAUCUCUGGGUUUGCCAUCGAUUUUCUAUGACUCAAAUAGAAAUCAAGAACUUGAUAUCAUUUUGAUCCUAAAUAACAUGUAUGAGCUUCUGCAGCUCCAUCACUUUGCUGUAGGAAGUAUAGAUGAACAUGAAGUAGUACAGCUUAAGGACCAGCUUGAACUUUCUAAGAAUGAAAAUGGCAAGUUAUGCAAGCGAGAACAGCAGUUAGAAACUAAUAUAAAGGCUUUACAAAGAUGUUUGAAAAAAGAAAAAGAGGAGGUUCAGAAGCUUCAGAGCAUCAUUGCAAGCCGUGCCACGCAGUACAACCACAGUAUGAAGAGGAAAGAGAGAGAGUUCAGCAGGCUUAAAGAUCACCUCAAUCAGUUACUUACUGACAAGACGGACAUGAAACAGAGGAUGGAGAUGUUGAAUUAUGUUGAGGGGUCUGAUGGCAGGAGAGGUCAGUUGAAAACUGGAUGGACGCAUUCAAGACAUGAAACUGAAGUGUGCAGGACUCUUCUGAAUGAGUUUGAUAAACGCCAGAGGGAGCUGAUGCUGGAAAAUUUUGAGUUGAAAAAAGUGCUCCAGCAAAUGAAACAGGAAAUGGUGGUCAUAUUAAGUCCAAAGAACCACACCAAAAGACAGGAGAAAUUCACUGAAUUCACUGAAUUCACAGGUCAGCAAAUAUCUGAUGAGGAGGAGACUUCUUUUAAGGGGACUUUAGAGAUGUCGUGUGAGCAUGCUCGCGAGAAGCUUACCAACAGCAUUCGGGAGCAGUGGAGAAAAUUGAAAUAUCAUAUGGAAAGUCUGGACAGCAAAGCAUUUGUUUUGCAGUUGGGAAAGGGGGUCGAUGAGGAGAUGAUUUCUAAGCAAGUACAUCAGGAAGAAACAGAGAGACUCAAAAUGGAGAUCCAGCAAUGCAUGGACUUUAUUCAGACUCAGCAGCAGCUCUUGCAGCAACAGCUAAAUACUCCAUGUGACGAGGAGACUGCAGCUGUCCUGAAUGACUGCUACAUGUUAGAAGAGAAGGAACGCUUGAAAGAGGAAUGGAGAACUUUUGAGGAGCAGAGGAAGAACUUUGAAAUGGAGAGGCGGAGUUUUACAGAGGCAGCCAUUAGAUUGGGGCAUGAGAGGAAAUUAUUUGAGGAAGAUCGUGCAACCUGGCUAAAACAUCAGUUUUUGAACAUGACGUUCACAGAGCAGAUGAGGACACAUAAUGUCAUAUCAGAAUAUUCUGGACAAGAACAGAAACACAUAUCAGCUCCCAAAACACCACUCUAGCACUGUGAGUAAAAGGCUAAUGAAAGCAUCCAGUGGGAUGUACUGACUGCAGCUGGAAACUAGGAAGGUGUAUUCCAAGCCACCAAAGUUUAUAAUCACAAAUGGGAUGGUAUCUCACGGAUUCAUGUACCACCGACUAGGGUGGCUUAAAAUACGUAUACAUUGUCGUGCUUUGCUAUGGUUUUGUAUGUUAUGGUUUUUGAUGCAGAAUCAUAGAAGACGUCUUAAGCUUCGUAAAGAAACACCUUUUUUGACUUACUGUUUAAAAUGCACCAUUGCUCUACAUGAUGUUACAGCUACAAGAAAUACAGUGCUUUGUGCUUUGGUCACAUUGUACAGGUGCAUUUAAUGCUUACGUACCAAGCAGUAAUUUGCAUAUCUUGUUCAGUGCAUAAUACUUACAUGUUAUUAACAGGUUUAUAGGAUCUUUGAUGGGAAGGAGCUGCCUUAUGAAACAGUAAGAGAAACACACCUCUGUAACCCUAUAUCACUCAUCUUUCUGGUGUAUGAUUAGCAAAGGUAUUAUUUGUGAUAUAAGUUUCAGAAUUCAUAGAAUUCAUUUACGUAUUUAAGAAUUAAUCUAAUUAAGAGUUUUAAGUGUUUAAGGCAUAUUUUAGUGUCAACUAUUUAGUGUCCCCUAGUUAUAGUUAUCCCCUUUAUUAGUUGUAAUUACACUAACAUUAAGUUCCUUGAAAUGUCUAUAUCCCAGUUGUUGUGAAGAAAGUUUAAUGAAUAAUCAUGUGGAUAUACUGAAAAAUAAAUUUGGCUUUAUAUUUUUA